UUGUUGUUGUUGUUGUUGUUGUUGUCUGGAGCCACAGAGCUGCAAACACACAGCUUUUCCUCAGAAGAAGAAAGGUGAUGUGCUGAGUCUGCAAACAAUUUUUGGUCCUCCAUAAUCCACCUCUCCAGACUUUCUUCCACCUCUUCCUCCUCUCGAUAGUCGAUACAGAUCUGCAAACAUCACAGUCUCUGUGGACUUCUGUCAACCUGCAAGCAAGAGGAGGUGCAGAGCUGACUCUUUUAAGAUGAUUGACCGUCAGCCCUCGGCCCAGAGGAGGCCAGUGAGGAGCUUCCCUGCAGCCAGGAGCCAGCUGAAAACCAGCACCUACAUUGUGCCCUGUUUCCUCUUUGUGGAGCUGGUCAUCAUGGCAGGGACGGUUCUGUUGGCGUAUUACUUCGAAUACACGGACACGUUCCCCGUGCACAUCCAGGGCUUCUUCUGUUUUGACAAAGCCUACUCAAAGCCAUACCCGGGACCGGAGGACUACAGUAAGGCGCCGCCUGUCCUUGUCUACUCCCUCGUCACCGCCAUCCCCACUGUGACGAUUCUGAUCGGGGAAGUGACGAGUUUCUUUGUGAAGACGGAGGGAGCUCAGGAGAAGACCAUAGUGACCGCCGACUGCUGUUACUUCAACCCUCUCCUCAGAAGGAUUGUACGCUUUCUGGGUGUCUAUUCCUUCGGUCUCUUCACUACCACCAUCUUUGCCAACGCCGGUCAAGUGGUGACAGGAAACCAGACGCCUCACUUCCUGUCUGCCUGUAAGCCAAACUACACAGCUCUGGGCUGCCAGUCUCCACUGCAAUAUGUCACCGAGCAACGAGCCUGUAUGGGAAACCCAUUCCUGGUGAUGUCCGCCCGCAAGUCUUUCCCCUCCAAAGAUGCGGCGCUCAGCUUCUACUCAGCCAUCUACACAGUGAUGUACGUGACCUUGAUCUUCCGGACCAAAGGGACCCGUCUGAUGAAGCCCACUCUGUGCCUGGUUUUGCUGUCCCUGGCUGUGCUGGUGGGGGUCGUGAGAGUGACGGAGCACAGGAACCACUGGAACGACGUGGUGGCUGGAUUCGUCACGGGAGGGGCCAUCGCUGCAUUCCUGGUGUCGUGUGUGAUCAACAACUUYAAGCCAUCUAAGAUAGAAAUUCCCAUUCCCCCACCUCCACUGCGUCCCGAGCCCCCCAUUGGGUUGCCUCUCCUCACCCUGCCCCGUGUGGAGAGUCCACUGGAAAAGUUAAGUAUUAUCCAGGCUCCUGGACUACCCUAUUC